UGCAGUAGACUUCUUUCAUAUAAAGUAUAAAAAAGUUACAUGCACAUGUAAAAAGCCCUCAAAAAUAAGAUUAAUAAUGUUUUUUUCCUAAUGCCAUAAGCAUGAUCAUUUAUAUACAUGUACAUGUAGAUGUGCACACACUUUGGGAUUCCCCUUUGCCAAAUUUAAUCCUUACAAGGGGUUAGAUUAUAAAUAUACACGGAAUACUUGAACAGCUAAUAUAUAAUUGUAAUGCACUGAAUAUCAAAAUUCAGAAUAAACAAAAACUUAAUUUUAAUUCAAUAUUUUUCACUUAGAAAUGACAGGUAAAAUUGACCUCCGGUCCAGUGUUUAUUUACUGCAGAACUCAUACUCCGAGACAGUGUCAGUAAUGUCUACAAAAGGUACGCUUUAACAAAAGACUUAUCACAAAAGCUUUAAGCUGAACAAGGUGUCAGUAAAGAAUUAUCAAAUGUAAAUAAUAUCAUUUUCUUUAAUAUGUGCAACUUAAAAAUAACAAAUAAAAUGCAUUUAUGUACAUCGAAGCAUGGGUGAAGGUAAUUUCUUGAGAAGCCAUUUUGUUUAUCGCUUGGUUGCAUACCGGUAGAUAAAAAUUGUAUCAGUACCCGUAAAAUUUGACAAGCAAAAAGAUGCACUCUGGCAUCUUCUAUGUCAUUUUUUUUAAACUGUUUCCUAAAUUUUUAUGAUUACUGCUUGCUGAAUAAAAGGAACAAUAAGAAAGUCAAUCCCAAAGGCCAAGGUUAAACAACUAUAUAUACUUUUCUACUCACAUGUAACUUUUUGCUCACUCCUCUGUUUUUAUUCUAGGUGAUCAUAAAUAAAUUCAGAGUUGACUUCUGAGACUCCUCUACAUGGCAACAGGUCCUUUGAAUAAUCAGACACAUCUUGAUAUAGGCACUGGUGCAGGGAUUGCUCACAAAACCAAAGAUAAGAAUGUUGAGCAAAAGGCCUGUAACUCAACAAAUGAUUCCAGUAAGAGAACAGCACAGGCAGAAGGAAGAGACAGACUAGAGGAUUCACUAAGUGGGAAACCUGCUACCUCAACCACAAACCAAACAGGUGUUUUGAUGUUUGGUAAUGCACCCCACCACCACAUCAAAUAUGUCCGCCGACCUCCAAUAGAGGAAAUGAAUGAGCUCAAACCACUGAAACCAACUUGGAAUCCGGAACAUAAAUUUAACAAUAUUCAACCAAGAGAUGAUAUGGAUUUUUCAAAUCUUUUGCCCUAGCUCUUGCUGAAACUAUUUUAUAGCAUACCACAUAACAUAUUUGUAUAUUUAUUACACCAAUAUAGUUAUAUUCCAGUGGCAUGGUUUUGAAAAUAAACACUGAAGAUCUACAUGUACAUGGUAAUUAAAUAAGGGCAAUGAUUCCUCAGCUACCAGUAUAAUUUUCAAGCAUGGUUCAUGUUAAGAAUUUACUUAAAGUUACAUGCAGCUUAGACAGAAAAUAAUUUUGCAUUGCAGAGUCAUGACCAGUCUUAGAAAAAAUAAAAUAACACUCUAAACAAAUCCCAGCCCUCAUUGCUAUAAUAUUGACAGGUGGGUUUGGGUCAGUUAUGGUACAUGUAAGAACUCGCUAAACUAUCUGAGCUUAAUGAAAUUCAAGUUAAUUUAUUAAAAACUAGUGUGAACUUUAAAAAUUCAUGAAUCAACCACCCUGAACCGGGGUGGGGGGCAGAUAGUCAAUCUUUGAGAAGUUAUUUGAAGAACUCAUGAUCACUACAUGUGCAUCAUGACAACUAAAAAUAAUUUCCUCAAACAUGAGACAAAAUAACAAAAUUAAUAAAGGUGAUGGUAAAAAAACUCAAUUUGUUGUUUAUCUAUGAAUAACUUUA